CUGUGUUCUAAUCUUUGAGAAAGUUACUGGAAGAAAUGGAAAGAAGCGUAGCUACCGGUGCGCCACUUUCUUUCAUGUCCGGCAUUGACAUCCGCCCGUCUUUAUCGGAACUCUUACUAACUGGUGGGACAAACCCAUUAGACUCAAUCUUCUCUCAUUACCCACUUCCAAACGCUGUGAGCAGUCAAGUGCAGGAGCCGUUAGGUUCCUCUGUUUAUCUCCGCCAGAAGGAGUUGCUGCAAAAGUUCAGCGAGGAAAAGAGGGCUAAUGGCUUGAUUGCCAUUGAUCGUACAUUAUUGAACUUUCCUUACCCUCAGAAGAUUCAAGACUACACAUUUACUGGUACGAGUUUGGUUUCAUCUAAGAAGAAGCUCUACAGAGGGGUGAGGCAAAGGCACUGGGGGAAAUGGGUUGCAGAGAUUAGACUUCCACAGAACAGGAUGAGGGCCUGGUUAGGGACAUAUGAUUCUGCUGAAGCAGCGGCGUAUGCAUACGAUCGCGCUGCUUAUAAACUACGAGGCGAGUACGCUCGCUUGAAUUUCCCUAACCUCAGAGAUGGGGAUAAAUUGGGAUUUGCAGAUUCUGCCAAGCUAAGUGCUCUGAGAUCUUCCGUUGAUGCCAAAAUUCAGGCUAUCUGUCUCAAGCUAAGGAAAGAGAAGCCAAGUAAAGGGGGAAUUAUCCGUAACAGAACCAUUCGUGAUGACAGCAGCGGCAAUGGCGAUGGCGACGGUGAUGGUGAAGAGAGUGAGAAGAGAAGAAAGAUAGAUUCAUCGUCUUCGCCAUUGUCGUCCUCAUCAUUUGUUCCUGGUGAAAAUUGGUGUGAAAAAAUGUUCUCACCUUCUAAUUCUGAAGAGGAGGUUCAAAUGAGUGGUAAGUCACUGUCCUCUGUUUCCACGAACUGUCCAGUGGUUGCACAAGAGGAGGAAAGCUUUGAUUUUGAAGAUUGUUCUCUCGCAAGGUUGCCCUCUUUCGAUCCAGAGUUGAUCUGGGAAGUUCUUGCCACUUAAUUUGAGUAGAACUCUGUCACUUCCAUCACUUUUUUAACAAAAUCUUAGAAGAUCUGUUCUAAGUAAUUGGUAAUUGUAGCUUUUAAAGAUGGACUGGCUUGAUUAUGUGAAUCCAUCCGUUCAUUUACUUCUUUUCC